AUCGAGUGAUAACCGGUGUUUCAAUAUCAGAACCCAUCAAGUGAACAGAGUCUCCUCGGGCGGCAUCUACGAGGCGACAUAAAUCCACGAGGCAACACCUUCGAAAGCUACCCGCGAUGACGCGACUCUGACCAUAGGAACAUUAUGCGAUAACUUUUAGAAUACGAUACCAUGUUUGCAGAAAAUGCAAUGGCACUGAGUGUGGCAGCUGGUGGUGCCGCCGCACUCACCGAUGGCAUAAUCCACCCAUUGGACACGGUCAUUUGUCGCAUACAGUCAGGAAACGCCCCUCAUGGAACAACUUCUACAACCAGUCGGUUGUUCGACAAAAAUCUGUUCCAUCGCCUCUAUCGAGGCUUCGGUCCUACCGUGGUCGCAAACAUACCGGCGUCCAUCGCCUUCUUCACAGUGUACGAUUCCGUCAGGGCAUCGUUUUCCAAGGCUCGCGCAGCUGGACACUUCGCCAGCCUACCACGUUCAUUCGACUAUGCGGCUGGAAGCGCGGCAGGCGAACUUCUCGCGUGCGCCAUCAUCAAUCCUGCCCAAGUGCUGAAGCAGAAUGCGCAAGCCAUCCGGACACCCUCUCAUCGACACCCGCCCGACCAACUGUCACGGUCGGCGGCGGCACAAGUGCUGAAGUUGCUAAGGUUGUUUGCCAAACAACCGUCCAAACUAUGGGCAGGUUACAGCGUGUUGGUGGCAGCUCAGCUGCCCCACGUGUGUCUCAUGUUUUCGAUCUACGAGGAGCUCAAGCAAAAUUCGCCCUUCGAGUACUGCAGGCCGCAAACGGGCGACUCCGACCCGGUACAGCAGGUCAAAGCAAGUGCUGUCUGCGGCGCCAUUGCCGGCUGCUGCUCAUCGUGGAUUUUUGUUCCUGCCGAUGUGAUCAGACUCAGGAUGAGACUCGCAGCCGGUCGCGCAGUAGAGGACCAGCAUUCCCGGACGAUCACUACAGUCGAGGGAGUUGGUGUAAAAUCAGCCAAGCCAAAACUGGCAAAUUUGAACGCCUUGGCUUUUGCGAGAGACAUUGUCCGCCGUGAAGGAUGGGCAGCCUUGUUCAGAGGGUCUCUUCUGACGUGCAUUGCCGCAGGCGUCGGGGGUGGGAUAUACCUGGGAAGCUAUGAGGCGAUAAAGACGCUGUGUAACAUGGAAGAGUGA